UUCAAACCUUUAAUACCAUCAUGUCUCUAUUUGUAUCUGGAAAUUAAGCACUAAUUUUCUUGGCCAACUGAACCAGACCGCCUAGGUAGAAACAGCUAAUAGUUAUUAAUGGAUGGGAGCCUCUUUGUUGCUGCUCGUACAGGGGAUGUUGGAACCCUGUCCAAUUUGCUGCAAGAAGACAAUAAUCCAGCAGCCUUACCAGAGAGCUCCAAGUGGACGCCCUUACAUAUAGCUUGCUUGUUCAGGAACGUGAAUUUCGCCAGGGAGUUUCUGAGACGCCGUCCACAAUUUCUUAAACAUAAGAAUCCUGAGGGUUGUACCGCUUUACACUUGGCUUCUUCCAUUGGGAAUUUAGAGAUGGUCAAGAUGCUGCUCACAUUUGGAUGUGAUGAUGAGUCCAUGGACAGAGAUAAUGAUGGGAGAAAUCCUCUUCAUCAUGCAGUCAUUAAAGGUAGUGUAGAGGUGGUGAUCGAACUGCUUAGAGCUUGUCCGGAGUCUGCUCUAGAGGUGACUGCUCAGAAGGAUACAAUAUUUCACCUGGCUGUGAAGCAUAGAGUAUCUGUCUCUGAUGAAUUAUUCUCACGACUACUUCGAGGAGACUACACAGAUUAUCUCCUGAAUUUGUCUGAUAAAAAAGACAAUACAGUCUUGCAUUUGGCCUCGAUUAGGAAACAAACCCAGAUAAUUAGGCUGUUGACUGAGCGGCGGCCUCGCUUAGAUGUGAACGCUGUUAACUCAUCUGGGCUUACACCAUUAGAUCUUCUAGUGGUUGAUCCCUUGAAUUUGAAAGAUAUGGAAAUAGAAGGAAUCAUGAAAUCUGCAGGUGGAAUAAGGUUAAAUCAGAGUCACGAACAACGUGAACAUUUGAAAAGUAUAGCAAGCGGCCUUUUGGUGAUGGCAUCACUUAUUGCAGCAACUAGCUGCCAGUUUGCUAUCUUCCUACAAGUGGGUUUCUGGGACACCUUGUCUCCAGCCACAGAUGGCAACAUAACUUCAAUUUCCAACUCAACUCAUUUCCGGGUCUCCACAUCCCCAGGUGCCAAUGCAACUGCUGCCAUGCAGAUGCCGGGGAAUGCAACAGCAUCCCACAAUGAAAAAACAAGAUCAUAUCUCUUUCUGGCGAUCUUCGACGGUCUAGCUUUUAUGCUAUCCCUUUGUCUCAUUUUUCUUACGCUGAUGCCAACAUCUACUAAUAAAUUUAGCCGUUUAAAAUGGCUAUCCUCAUACUUACUGACUUUGUUACUCAUGCCAUUUCUUAUAGCGUUAUUUAUUUCAAUGGUGUCCUAUAGAGCUACUGAUACUCCUUCAACUGAUAAUUUUAUUUUUAACCUUUUUCUUCCAUUUCUACUCUGUAUUAUAGUAUUGGUUCUAAUUCCUAUUGUAAAAGUUGUUGGGGUUAAUUAUAGGUCUGUGAGGAGAUAACUAAGCUUUUAAACUUGUGGAAAUCAGAAACUGAACGAGAUCAAGGAGAUUAAUUGUGGGGUGUCUUCCAGUUCGUCGAGAGCUGAGAUUUUUCUGCAAGACUUCAAGUUCAGGCUCAUCUUUUGCUUAUCUUAAUUUUUGUAAUCCUGAAAUCCUGGUGUCAUUCGAUAUUCCUCGGUUUCUGAUUCUUUAUAGUUUAUGAGAUUGGAUUCGGUGAUUCUAAGGUAUCAAUACAAACCGACCCAAAUAACUUUUG